CUGAUUCACAAUAAAAUAAACAGAGAUGAAAAAUUUUCAGUGAUAGAUAUAAGAUAUAAUGAUGAAAAUAUUAGUAUUGUUUAUAUUCGAGAACCAUAACAAAUGUACUUGAACAAGAAACUUUCAUACCCAGAUUUGUUUUGAAAAAUGGAAGAAAACACUCAACCGUGUGAUACAUGUGGUGGUAUAAAUUUCGAAUUGGUUUUUGGUUUCUACCAUUGUUCGGAAUGUCAGACUCGGAGACAAGACAUACAGGAGCUUGAGGAGGAUGAGCAUGAUCAAAAAUUACAAGGAAUAUUGAGCACCAAAACUGCUAUCAAACAAGAAACCAAAAUCUUGGAAAAAGUUAAAUUAACAACCUGGGAAUGCUAUAAUUAUGUAAUCAAAGGAAUGACGGAAGAACUACUGAUUUUAGGAGCUGAUCUGCUGCUCAGAAGUGUAGUGAAAAAACUAUGGUUUAAGUAUUUAUUGAAACUGGAAGUGAUUAACUCUGAAAAACCUAAGCUACAAGCUGUCAACACAAAAAUCGAUGCAGAAAUUGUUUAUGGCAUAAAUCGAAAGAGAAAAAAGAAGAGAAAGUCAUGUAAAUCAAGUAAUGCUGAUUUGAGUUCAUUUGGCUCGGUUAGUUCUAUGAGGGAGUACUCGAAAAAAAAGAGACUUCUAUUCAAUUCUCAACAUGAUUACUCACUAUCCAAGUCUGUUGAUAAUUCUAUUUUGGAUGAAACUGUGGAAAGUUUGAAAAAUCAAUCUCAAAAAUCAAGCCACUCAUCCUUCCCAUUAAAGUUCAAUAAAUAUGCUAAAAAGGAGUUGAGGAGAAGACAGUCUAAAAGACACCUAAAAAAGCAUUCUGAAGAUUUUGAAAAUAAUCUGUCAUGUCAUCGGAAUUCUUAUAGUGAAGCAUCAAAAAAGUAUCAAAAUAGUUCUCAUUUGCUCUCAAUUAAUAAAAUAUAUUCCAUUCUUUAUUUGGGCUUGCUACUGACAAAGUCAAAAAUUCAAUUAGCUGAUAUGCUUCGUUUCAUAAGAGAAGGACAUCUGAGUUUCAAUAGUUUCAAGCAUUUUUUUCCAGAAGAGGUGAGUGACAAUUUUCUAACUCAAACAGCCCCAAGAAAAUCUUGCCUCACAAGUGCUAGUUUAAGAGAAUCCACAUUACACAUGGCAAAAUUUUUGGAUGUUCUAGCUUAUCUAGAAGUCCAAAACUUGGCUCUGUUAAUAGAGAGAUUUUGCAGCGAGUUGAAUUUACCUCGUAUCAUUGAAAUAAGAGCUUUGAAUUCUUUGGUUAUCACUUUGCCAAAAAUGAAAAUUGAUGAGAAUACAAAAGUAAUUCCCAAUUAUGAAGGAAGAGCUUUGAGUUUCAUUCUUUUCCAGUUGAAAGUUUUUUUUUCAAUUGAUGGAAAAACUGAAAAAUACCUUUCUGAGAAUGCUUCUACUUUGAAUAAUGCUGAUAUGGAAUUGAACAUGUUUGAUUUUAUGAAAUGGUUGCAAUAUAUAGAUUAUCGCAAGCAUGCCUUGAAAACAAAUCAUUUUCCUACUGAAUUUUCUGAGAACAAGAAGUUCAAAAAUUCUGGAGCGUUUGUCAAGUUUUUAAUCAAUAAAAAUCCAGAGUAUGAAAAAGAUGACAUUGAUAAUAAAACAAGUGUAAAAGGUCAAGAUUGUAGACAACUCUUGAUAAAACUCAAAGAUCGUCAAUCAAAUAUAGAAGAUGCAAUUUAUUUCAAACCAUCAUUUACUCCUUCUAAGGAUUAUGUUAAAACUUUACUAGAUGAUUAUUGUAUCCAUGGUGAGGAAGAAAAAAAUAUUCUGAAGAGGAGUUUUCAGGACUGUAACUUGGACUUCAUAUUAAAUCCUUCAAAAUACAUCAAUUUACUAGGAAAAGGAAAAAAAGUUGAAAUAAAGUUAGGGGGUAUUAAUGAAAACAUCAAGCAACAUAAACUAAUUAACAUGGAUACAGAACGUUCUAAAAAAUUGAGAGAAGAUAGAAAAUUCAGUGUUGUACAGCUUCGAACCACUCAGAAACAGACUUUGGAGAAGAAAAAGUCAUCUUCAAAUUUGACUACCACAAAGGAUGACUAUAUCAAAAAAUUUCAGGAAUACCACAGAUUCUCAUUAAGGUCGGAAGAAAUAGAAAAUCAAUUGGGUUUUAGUGGUGGAAAAUCAGGAAAAAAAAAAUAUGUGCACUUGGUUCCUUAUGAGUGCUAUUGGGUGAAUACUCAUUUUAAUUUGGGACUUUUAUCAAAAGAUACUUUUGAAGAGCAUUUGGGUACAUAUCCAUAUAAUUUUCAAUUUGUUUUGAAAGAGAUGGCUCGGAUAGGUGAACAGACAGAACAAGAAUUAUUAGAGGAAUUUACAUUGACUGAAAUAUAUUUGUUGUAUGGAGAAUCCUACCAAACUAUUGGAAAUGAUAAUAUUGAUACUAUUCAUAAUGAUGUCUUGAUGAAGAAAAUUGUUUCAAAAGCGGUCAACCAUUGGUAAUUGCAGGUGAUUCUUUACAUUUUAAUAUAAUGUAAUACCCAAUAUUUGAUUGUAUAAUUUAAUUUUUUACAUGACUCAUUAAAUAUACUUCUUUUUUUAA